GAGCAUGGCAGUGCCCCUCACAACUGUCAGCGUUUUAACUUGGUCUACGUCUACCUAGUCGCUGCUGAAGCGCUCAAGCUUCUCGGUCCUUACUGUUAUUACUCAACGGUGUGCUCAUUAUUGACAGCGUAUACCGACAGCGGAGCGAGGCUUCUUGGUGAAUGCUUAUCUAUCUCAUUUAUUUUCUGACAUGUCUAUCAAUGAACCAGAGCAAUGGGAUUUCUAGUUCUUCGAAGUAGCGGCCUGCACCUUUUACGACCAGAGAAAUCAUGGCGUCCCAUAAUAACUAUACAAGUCGAGUCCAAGGGUGGUUCAGUAGAUUGCGACGCGACGCCGUGCCAUGAAACGACCUUGGGAAGCGAUGGCCAAAAUCCUAACCAGAAGGAAGUUUUCUACAUUCAUGACGUUUCUCUACAGUCCAAAAUCUCCAUCAAGGUCUGGCACCGCUCUCAAUCGAAGAGGAAGGGACGGAAGAAAAUUCUCGUCGCAAACGCAUGCUAUAUGUUAGGUGAUCUGAUAAAGGGACAGAAUGAGGCUGGACAAUGCCUGGACGUUCGUUUAAACACUCUAUCCUCCAACACCAAACGCCUCAAAGGCGCUCGCUUAGGGGUGUGGCCUAAGCUGUCUCUCCGUGUACGACUACCAUCAACGGCCAAGCUACACUACGAAGAACAACCUUCUGAUGACGACAGCUUAUCAUGUUGCUCGGAUAGCAUACCUUCUACACCUAGAAGCGAAGGUCAUGACGACGCCAUCAUUCUACCGCCUCCCACUGAGCAGGAACUCAAAAGACGUUUGCAGCCUUAUAUGAUAGACUCGGAUGACGAGAUGGCGCCCCUUCUCACAGAUGAAGCGUACCUCAACAGUGCCCCACCUAUCCUACCCCAGUAUUCAGAAACCGAAAAGCCUCCGGACCUCCCUGCCAUGGGCGUCAUGCAGCGUAUUGUCGCGUCUUUCACGAUGUAUGCUGAGCUGAGAGAUGAAUCCCACUACGAGCGGGCAUUCUCGCGACAGCAAAUGGAGUGGUCAUACGUCGGUGGCCUCCUCACCGCAUUGGCUGCCGUCGACACCGCUGUUUUCUCUAUCUCUCCCGGUUCUCUCUUCAUCAUCAACCCCAUCGCCCAGUCCUUUAUCGCCAUGUCUUCCACAGCCUGUGGCCUCGGGAUCUUUUGUGAUGCUUGGUUUAUCUUCCGCUAUAACUUUGUCCCACUUGAAACCGCUCGCACGCGUUCCAGGGACAUGUUUGACUCAUAUUUCUUCUUCUCAUUGUCGGCGAGGGUGCCAAUCAUAUGUAUGCUGUUGUCGGGGCUGACGUUGAUGGGAUUUUUGGGUGUGGUCGCAUGGACGGUGUGGCCGGCAGGGUUGCUGAUCAUGUCCUUUGUAGUGGGAAUGUUGAUGUCAUUGCAGUUCUUAGUGUUCGGCGCCUGGUGGUUUGUUGGGAAGGUGAUGUGUGCGGGGAGGAAGGUUCGGAAGGUAAUCAAGUGGGUUGUUGGAAGGGAUAGUGGAGAAGAAACGUCAAAUUCUGCGUAGUGCCAUUUCGAGCUGUGUUUUUACCUUGCACUAUGGGUCCGACAGUUCCGAUGCCGAUAAUUAUACGUCGCAUGUUCGAAGCCACGGACGUAUUUGCUCUGAGCCCUGUCGUCAUUUCUACGCAAAAGUAUGGCCA